AUCACUGAGAGUCGAACCGGCUCUCAGAACGGCUGGUAAAAAGGAGUCGACCCAGCUCCCUCAGCAGCAGUCUGGCUCUGGUUCUGAGAGGCUGUGGACUAUAACGUGGAUCGCUGCUUUGGAUCAUUGCUGGUUGUUCUAGAGCAGAUUUCUACUCAGUACAUGCCAAAACUGGGGAAUUUUGAGGAUUGUGGAACUUUAUCGCGGAACUUUGAGAUUUUCGCCACUAUUAUUGGCUACCGAAUGGAGCAGCAGCCAAGCGCACGGAGCUGCCCGAGCCGCGGAGCCCCGUCCUGCGAGGCCGUCCCGGGAGAGCCUCCCAUCAGCCUGCAAAUCCAGUCCACCACGGGAACGCGCUUCGAGCUCUCCCUGCCGGCCGAGGAGACUGUGGAGGGGCUGAAAAGAAGACUGUCCCAGAGACUGAAGGUCCCCAAAGAGAGACUAGCUCUGCUGCACAAAGAGACGCGCCUGAGUUCAGGGAAACUUCAGGACUUGGGCAUUACAGACGGGAGCAAGUUGACUCUUGUCCCGACAGUCGAAGCAGGCCUUAUGUCUCAGACGUCGAGACCCGAGCAGUCUGUGAUGCAGGCCUUGGAGAGUCUGACGGAAACGCAGGUCAGUGACUUCCUGUCUGGACGCUCUCCUCUGACCCUGGCCCUGCGAGUAGGAGAUCACAUGAUGUUUGUCCAGCUGCAGUUGGCAGCGCAGCACUCAGGCAGCCAACAGUUGCAGCACCGACACCUUAUCUCACGUGGGGGCUCGGAGGGCACGACAGGACACUCUGCGGGGACCAUGGGUUCAUCUGGACGAGUCUCCCACAGCUCUCAUCCACAUCCACACCAACACCAACCCCCACAUCCACACCAACACCCACACCAACACCAACAUCAACACCCUCACCCGCACCAUCCGCACACAACACUCCCAUCCAGUCCUGCAGCCUUUAGCCCCUCCUCUUCCGGCCAUUCCGUGCCCCUCAUGUACCCCACUUCGACCUCCAGACACUGCAGUACCCCACCCUGCCCCUCAACUCUCCCGGACAGCCUUCUCCGCUCCCAGCAGUCCACGUCAGCCGGCCCAAGCUCCCCUAGCAGCUCCAGCCCUGCUGCCCCUUGCGCAGAGACAAACUGUACUGCUAAGACUGCCAGCAACAGCAACACUUCUUCACGCUCCCGCAAACCAGGUGCUAUCAUCGAAAGCUUUGUCAACCACGCUCCAGGAGUUUUCUCUGGAACGUUUUCAGGCACUUUGCAUCCAAACUGUCAGGACAGCAGCGGACGCCCAAGGCGGGACAUCAGCACCAUCCUGCAAAUCCUGAAUGACCUCCUGAGUGCUACCCGCCACUACCAGGGCAUGCCCGCAUCUCUCACACAGCUCCGCUACCAGACCCAGUGCGGCAGCUCAGGUUCCCCUGUACCCUCACCGCCGCCAUCCCCUCCAGCCACAUCCGAAAUCGUUGGCCUCUCCUCUAAAGCUACCUCCGUGCCAUCAGCGACCCAGCCCUCCCUCCACCCUCUAGUCCAGUGCCAGAGCCAGGUCCGAAUGUGCAAGCCUCAUGGUGACCGGUUACGGCAGACUGAGAACCGGGCCACUCGCUGCAAGGUGGAGCGUCUGCAGCUGCUCAUGCAGCAGAAGCGUCUGCGCAGGAAGGCCAGGAGGGACUCUCGCGCCCCUUACCCCUGGCUGCCCAACCGCAAGGCCGGCCGCAGCAACAGCAACAGCAGCAUGUCCAGCGAGGGCUCUCUGGACCUGGACUUUGACGACUCCGUGUGGAAGCCGGACGUCAAGGCUGACAUGAAGCCGGAGUUCAUCAUGGCCUGAAGCGGACGCGGCCGGCCUCCUCGAUUUAAGGAGGACGAAGAGGCUGACAGGAGUCGGGGUGUUGUGUACAGGAAUGGAAACCGUGUGAGACUUCAGGCUGGUGACGACUGAGAAAAAUUCAAAGCAUUGUACGCUUCCCUUCAACCACAGACUCGUUUCACAAAGGAAGUUAAACUGACUUUUUUUUUUAUAUGGUUACGGCAACGUCCCCAUCAGCCUGUUCUAAUGGAAACUGACCUAUUCUGGGUUAAUGUUGUGCUGGACGUAGACUGGACUAAUGACCACAGAGAUAGAUGCACACUGUCGUGAGAAGAAACGCAAGAAAGGAGCAAAGCAGACUUUAAUGGUGUUGGUGUUGUUUUUGUUUAUUUUCUUUUUUUUUUUUCUUUUUCUGUUUUUCUCUUCUCAAGGAGAGCACGGGGUGAACGCAGCAAAUCCACCACUCCGGAGAACUACAACUUGCUGCUGGUUCUGUUCGUUCCCCACUGGGGCAUUUAAGACCAUUUAGGAGCCAUGAAGCAGAUCUCAUUAUGGGGAGGGGAGGGUAAUUUCUUCUUUGUUUAUGCUUUUUUUUUAUUAAUAUUAAUCAAUUUACUUUUUUUUUUUUUUUGGAAAAAGAAAAAAAAUAUGUAGCAUUACCCACAUAGCAUUCAGGUUUUGAUCUUAUGGACGAGGAGGUUUUAUUUGCACAUAUCUUUGAUUUUUCAGUGGAUGGUCAAAAGUAAGAAAUGGUACAAUGCAUGUUCCAACCACACAAAGGGUUCUUAAUGCAGCUCGGUGUAGUGACAGAGGUUUAAAGCUGGAUUCAUUCUCGAAAUAAAAAAGUAAAAAAAACAGAAAAAAAAAUACCAAAAACAAAAUAUGAUGACAAGAUCUGAUAUAUAAAUCUAUAAAUAUAUAUACAUAAAUAUAUAUAUUUUCCUUGUUAACAUGAUAGUUACUGGAUAUGGCUUUGGGUGAAGCCACAAAUUAAGUUUAAUUGUAAGUCGUAUAACUAUCUAAACAGUUUCUUUCAGUUUGUCCUCAUAUCUCUUUGAAGAACAGGUACAUUUUUAGAGUAGGAUUGAAAACGUCCAUCGCAGUCGCCGCUCGUUCCGGCAAAAGGCUUGAAAACGAUUUUCUACUACAUUCAGACAGAGACUCGCAACCUAGGAGUUUCCCAUCUUCUACAUGAUAACUACCCUGUCUCAUCUACGUAAUGGCAGUCUCCAGAGCGCACCUCUCGCAGAUUGCUCCUAAAUUGCCCGUAUUUAGGCCCUCAGCUGUCCGUUAGAUCCAGCAGGAAUACAAUAGGACCGCAGCCGCCGUGAUCUUCACCUACUCGAUACAGUGCCUCACUGGUAGAUGCACUAACAUCCAAUUAGGCCUUCCACAGCCCCGACAGUUCUGCUGCUAAAUGGGACUUUACUUUGCAUGCAAAUGUGUGAAUUAGCCUCAUGUUUUUGUAGGAGAACAAAAAAAAAACACGACACGAGAAACUAGAAACUGGUGCUUACAAGGAGGAGAAAAAAAAUUGCAUGAAUUUCUGAGGAAAAAAAAGAAAAAAUCUGUCACCUGACGGGGGUCCUAAUCACAAAUGACGAUACAUAUCAGUGGUGAACCAAAACACAGACUUUUAUAAACAGUAUUUAUGGAUCAUUCCUGGACUGUGAUGAGCUGAGAGCAACCAAACUGAUUUUUUUUUUUUUCUACACCAAGAUAAAAAAAAUAAAAAAGGGGGUCCACAAAACAACCCCCUCCGCAACUGACCCGCCCCAGGAGCAACUUUGGACCAGCGUCCGCCCCAGCUGACUUGAAACUACUUUCAAAGAUUUCGGAGAAAGAAAAAAAAAGAAAAGAACGAAAGAAAUACGACGUGAAAAGGAGACCACGAUUGCACUCGCUGAGUUUGCAAUGAGAUUACUUGCCUGAAGGGGAACCUAGUCUUUGUUUUUAAUUUAAUUAUUAUUAUUUUUUUUUCAAGUGGCCUUAACUUUCACAAUGAGACACUUGGGGGACGGGGGACAAGAUGGGGACGUUCUAUUUUUGUGUUUUGUUUUGUGUUCUUGCCAAAACAUCAUCACUCUCUCCGAUUAUUUGGGCAACUCUUUGCAUUUCUUAAAGGUGGAGGCUCUAGUAUGUCAAGGCUUCUGUGCCUUAAAAAUUGCCCUUCAGUGAGCAAGAAAAAAUGAAAAGCAGUUUUGCAGAACCCGGUUCUUCAGCAGAGCUAAUAUAUGGGCUCUUGUAGAACAAUGAUAUUAUCAUUUAUUAUUUCGUAUUUUGUAAAAUACUAAAUUUACGUUUCAUACUUUGUUGUAAGAGCAGAUCCUUUAAACCCUAUUCUGUCCUACCACCAAGAAGCUGAAAAGCAACAAAUUUACAAAUCAAAUGAUAAAAAGAAUUAAAUUAUUGAAUGAAAAUAGUGAGGAAGGUUCCACUGUAGUGCUACAGCUAAAAAAGUAAAAGUGCCCUAACUCUGAACGGAGACGUCCUGUAAGGACAGGUUACUACAUGCACUUCCUCCUCCUCCUCCUUCAAAGGACACCCCCUACCCCAAACCCAAUCCCCCCCAGCCACACCCUGCUCCUCCCCCUCACCCACCUUGCCCCUCCCCAUAACCCCAAAAAACAUUUUUUUAAUUUCCAUAUAUGUAUGAACUAUACUCUGUGUGUGCCUCACCUAUAUGUGAAAUGAGAAAAACGAGAAAAAGGAAAAAAAAUGUACGAGUUUGCAAGUGGGAUGGUUUAUUGGGUGGGUGGGGUUUAGGGCAGGGGGGGUGUUUACAAUACAGUUUGUUGAAGUUCACAUCAUUUAAGUUGCCUGUUCUUUCUUGUAGCCAACAAUUAAAGAUAAUAACAAGAGUCAAAAAUACAAUGUUCUAGCUAUAGACCGGUGUAGCACAUGUGUGACUGUAUUAAUUUAUAAAACCAAAAUGGUAACUGUGAAUUAUGUAUUUCUUUGUGCAUUUUUUUUAAACUGGGAGAAGGCGAAGAAGGGCAUGGCUGUGCCCUGUUUAUGUUUUUGUGGAAUAUAAUGGAAAUAAUCAAGUUAAAAAAACAAAACAAAAGAAAAUAUCUAAAUAUAUUUUUUUCUUAAGCAAUACAUUUCAGUGUGACUUGUGAUAGGACAUUUUCUUUUUUAGGUAAUAAAUUGAAAGAAAACA